UCCGCCCUGGCGUCACUUCCGCGGUGAUGGCGGUGCCGUGGGGCCGGGGCCGGCUGGCCCCGCUCGCUGGGCGGUUGCGGGCCGGCUCGCGGGCUCCCCUCCGGUCUGUUGCUGCCGCCGCCGCGCCGCUCUACGAUGUGGUGGUGUCGGGCGGGGGAAUGGUCGGGAGCGCCAUGGCCGCAGUGCUGGGGCAUGAUAUCCACUUCCAUGAUAAGAAGAUUGCUUUGCUGGAGGCUGGUCCUAGGAAAGAAUGUGAUCAUAUGCUAGACAGUUACAGUAACAGGGUCAGUUCCAUCUCCCCAGGAUCAGCAACCCUCCUAAGCAGUUUUGGUGCAUGGGAUCAUGUCUGCAGCCUGAGACUCAAACCAUUCCGGCGAAUGCAGGUGUGGGAUGCUUGUUCAGAAGCCAUGAUCGUUUUUGAGAAAGAUGACUUAGAGGACAUGGGUUACAUAGUGGAAAAUGAUGUCAUUAUGUCUGCUCUCACGAAACGGUUAGAUGCAGUAGCAGACCGGGUGGAGGUUUUCUACAGGAGCAGAGCAGUGGGGUAUACCUGGCCCCUUCCCUCUCACAGCUGUGACACAAGCCCUUGGGUCCAAAUUGAGUUAGCUGAUGGACGCAGACUUCAGACCAAACUGCUGAUUGGUGCAGAUGGUCAUAACUCAGCAGUCCGGAAGGGAGCUGAAAUUAAGAACAUUGAGCAUCGGUAUGACCAGUCAGCUGUGGUGGCAACUCUCCAUUUGUCUGAGGCCACAGACAAUAAUGUAGCAUGGCAGAGGUUCCUUCCCACAGGGCCGAUUGCACUUCUUCCGCUGUCUGACACUGCCAGCUCUCUGGUCUGGUCUACAUCUCAUGAACAUGCAUCAGAACUUCUCAGUAUGGAUGAGGAAAGUUUUGUCGAUAGCAUCAACUCUGCCUUUUGGAGCAACGUAAACCACUCUGACUUCAUUGAUACUGCUGGGGCCAUGUUUAGAUCUGCUAUUUCACUCCUGAAACCCUCAGGGACUGCAGUCCGUCAGCUGCCCCCGAGUGUUGCUAAAGUAGAUCCAGGGAGCCGAGCCAUGUUCCCUCUUGGAAUGGGGCAUGCAACAGAGUAUGUCCAGCACCGUGUGGCUCUUAUCGGGGAUGCAGCACACAGAGUCCACCCACUUGCAGGACAAGGUGUAAACCUGGGCUUUGGUGAUAUUGCAUGUUUAGCCCAUCACCUCAGUGCAGCAGCCUUCAAUGGGAGUGACCUGGGCUCCUUAAAACAUCUCUUAAAGUUUGAGACAGAACGUCAGAGGCACAAUGUCUCCUUGAUAGCUGCUAUUGACCUGCUAAAGAGGCUUUACUCCACGAGGCUGGCUCCCUUGGUAUUGCUGAGGACAUGGGGAUUGCAAGCAACAAAUGCCCUGCCUCCUGUCAAAGAGCAAAUAAUGGCUUUUGCCAGCAAGUGAUCUGUCUGUUUGGAAUAGCAGCUUGCCAGUGAAUGCAUUGCCCUUGAGAACUGUGACUGACUUGAAUCUUCGAAUUGUGUUAUUUUUAAUUUAACAAUAAAACCGAGGGAUUAACUGUGUAUUAUAUCACCCAACAGUU